AUGCCUCCUAAGGUCGAGAUCAGAUUGAACACUCCAAAGACAGCCAUGGAGCCACUACCACCCAAAAAUCGAGACGAGGUACUGGCGGUUGAAAAUAAACCGAGCCCAAAAGUGGCCUCAGCUCUUGAUAUGCCCACCGAGAUAGGAAGUCCCAUAUCUGAUUCUCCAACGCCAGUACUCGAAAAUCCGAAUGCCUACGAGGUAGAUGUUGAGCCAGACAAAAUCAGCAAUUGCGCAUCCAGUCAGCAUCAUAUCAAAGUAGACCCCCAUGCUCAAGAAAUCAAGAUUGAAGAUGAACAACACGAGAAUUGCGCUAUCAAGACUGAAGACAUGGACGCCGAGUCGAUCAUCCACGUCGAUGAUGAUGAAAAUCCGAGUAAAGACCAAGCCCCUGCCCUUAAGAAGAAACGAAAACAGGGCCCUAGGAAUGUGAUGGAGUUCCAUCGACAGCAACGACAAGCUAAACUCGCGAAAACAGCAGCUUCUCCUGAGCCCGGUGCCAACAGCACCAAUACUAAUGAGGACAAGAGAACAAUUUUGAAUGACCUGCUAUGCCAUGAUGCUACUUCUGCAUACAAGUCCGGCCCAGAUUUGAACCCUGAGUUCCAUAUUGCUAUUUUGAACAAGCGGGAUUUCUUCAAGAGUAUCAGGGACAAAUGUCCCACAGCUGAUUUUGCGAAGACUAACGCCGAGUUGAAGAUGCUAGACGACGAUGCCAGAUCAUUUGGAUCUCGGCGGAUAAGCUUCAAGAACAACAUGUGGUUUUUGAAAGGCAUGAAGAAAGGGAUUUAUCAUCAUCAACUGAAAGGGGCGGCCUGGAUGGGUAACCGAGAGUGCUCCGAGGAUGGACCUUUCGGUGGCAUCUUAGCUGAUGACAUGGGUCUAGGUAAAACUAUUCAAGCUAUCACAGCUAUGUCAGGCAAUCUCCCAACCAAAGAAAACGUCAGAUUGCAGAAUAAGUCUACAUUAAUCAUUGCUCCAACGUCUCUGGUCCAUCAAUGGAAAGCAGAGAUGGAAGCUUUCUCGAGCUUCCAACGUAUCAUGAUCUAUAAUCCCAAGGAUAGCAAUAACGAUACACUCAGAACCACCGAUAACGAUGUUGUCAUUGUUUCCUACGACUCAGUACAACGAUCUUGGCUUCACCCAACGGAGUCAGAACUCAAGAGGCUGCGUGGUCAAGCGAAGAAAGAAGGAAUGUCAUUUGAGGAUGGGCUAGCUGAAUGGCUGGCCGAGAUUGACCGCGCAGUUGACCCGAUCUACAAGAUCGACUGGUUCAGAAUUGUGCUUGACGAAGCACACUACAUUAAGAAUAUGGAAUCUAGGACUGCUCGUUCAGUCAAUUCUUUGAUAGGAAAGUAUAGAUGGGCAUUGUCUGGUACACCAAUCAUGAAUGGAUACGAGGGUGGAGUCUUCCCUUCAUUGCCUAGCUAUGCGGCGACUAACCAUUCAAGAAAAAUUACUGCGACACUGAUGAUGAUUAACAUUGAGGCGCUGGGUAUGGCCAUCUCUAGAGUGACAAUGCGACGCAGCAUGAAAGAUGAGAUACUGGGCAGGAAGCUCGUCCCACUUGGUGAGCCUACCAACAUUGUCCAGAAAGUCAAAGCUUCGCCUCCAGAACGCCUUAUCCUGAAGUACAUCCAAGACAAAUUCGACAUGUUGAGGAAAGGCAAAUAUGAUCCAGGAGAUCCGCGACGAGAGCUUAAAAACAUGCUCAAUCAAAUCACUCGGUCGAGACAACUAAACUCCAAUCCGGAUAUUAUCGAGGAGCAUGUUAUGGUAAUGUUUGAAUUAGAUGAACUCAAGCAGAUGAAAACGGACUUGGAUGCCAUGCAGUGCACACUGAAGGAUUCGGAUGAUCUUCGUCGGGCUUUAGCGAGAAGAAUCAAUGGUUGGAUCUCAAGCAAACGAGAGUCGACCCGUUCGGGGAAGCGAAUGCUUGCACAAAAGCCGGUUUUCACGUGCCCAGUUCUGAAUUGUAACCAAACAUUCACAACAUCGGAGGGAGAGGUUACACCUUGCGACGCAGCAAUUAUCGCAAACAAGACGCCAGGAAAGAAGACGUCUCUGAAAGGAAGGAAAGCAGUAGAUGCUGUGGGCUUCAGACCUAUUACGACUUCCUCGCUGAAGUGGCUUCAAAAGUUCGAUGAUUCAAAGUAUCAAAUCCUUCCUACGGCAAAAUUAUCGGGCGUCACGAAGCUUAUCCUCGAAUGGAGAGUCUACCACCCAAGUGACAAAGUGGUGGUCUUCAUACAGUUUACCCACUUCGGUAUCAUGCUCGGAGGACUACUUCAGAAGAACAAGGUCAAAUUUGUCUAUACCACGGGAGGUAUGACAUCUAAGCAAAGAAGCGCAGCACUGGAAAAGUUCAAAAAUGACUCCAACGUCAAUGUCAUGAUCAUCGGGUUGAAAAUCGGAGGGCAGGGAUUGAACCUACAGUUUGCCAACAGAGGCAUAUUGGUCGAUCCAUAUUGGAACAAGUCCAUAGAGCAUCAGGCCGCUGGUAGGAUCAACAGAAUUGGCCAGGUCAAACCUACAUUUCUUGUGAGCUUUGUGAUGGAAGGCACCAUCGACGAGCGAAUACUCGAACUACAAAACGAGAAGCAGGAAAUGAUUGGCAAAGCAUACAAGGGUCUUAACGAAACCCAGCAGCUCCGAUUACUUGAGGAAUACCAGAAUCGCGAUCUUGGCCAAGACAGUGACGACGAAGACGACUUCAGCCAUGCCAUUCACGCGGAGGGCGAUCCCAUGGCCGAUCUAGGCAUUCCAGAAGAGGAAUACCAGUCCUGGUUGACGUCCGAUGAGGCUGCAUGA